UGUCGGCGAAUGAUUUUAUUCCGAUUCGCUUGCCCGUUGCCGCUCCGGAUAGAGGACUGCGUAAACAGUAGAUACGUGUGCGGGUUACAUUCUUGCAGUACCCUGACUGAUUACGGAUUACAUACGCAUACACUAAUCACCUGCUUACGACUGACUGACUGACUGUCUGUGAGCCGCGAUCGAGGACAGCCCGCGGGUUCCAAUCCAGAACAUCAAUCACCCUUAAUGUUGCGCCGGGCCGCGUUUGGCUUCGCAAGAGCCGCCAGACCGUUUUCCGCCAUGGCGUCGCGCACUCCGGUCGAGGACGCGAUUAGGGAAAAGAUCACCGCCGGCCUCAAGCCCACCACGCUCGAGAUCUACAACGACUCGCACCUUCAUGCGCACCACGCGCCGAUGCAGGGCGUGACGUCCAAGGAGACGCACUUCAGACUCGUCAUCACCUCCGAGGCCUUUCGCUCCAAGACGCAGCCGGCGAGGCACCGUCUGGUUUACGGUCUGCUAAACGACGAGCUAAAGCGGGAGGGCGGCAUCCACGCGCUGCAGCUGCGUACCAUGACCCCGGAAGAGGAGGCAAAGCGGCGUGCCCAGGAAGCCGAGGCCGAGUAGGGAGGAGAUCGGAGCUCGCUCCGGAACCCUUUUGAGAUGGCCCAACAACCAUGGAAAAUGAUACCCCUUGUACUGUACGUCACUGUAAUGUAUAUAUGUACAGUACAUACCUACCUACAUGCAUAUGCAACAUGCCGGAGAGCAAACGUUACGCAAAUUUCAAG